UCAAUCUGUCUUUGUUCGCGUGAUUGUCUGAUAAUUUGAAACGUUUCACCUAAAGAAAAAGGAUAUCUUGUUGUAUCUUUCUAUACUAAACUGUAUAACGCAAUAUUUUACUAACUAGAUACAUUUUUAUCAACAUGUAUUACAAAAGUGUGUUAUGUUAUAAUUACAUUGAAUUGUCACUAAUGUUCCUAUUUCCAUUAAUUCUCUUGGCAGGAUCAUUCAUUUAUAAAGUGGAUGCUGAAGCUUUGGAGACUUUGAUGCAAUGGUCGUUCAUGGAUUAUCUUUUACCUUACGAUCGUGGCUUUCAUGAUAACUAUCGACCAGAAAAUGUCGUUCCCACAGGCAUCGAAGUCUCUUGGCGAAGAAUUUUCAUCAGCACUCCACGCCUACGUGAUGGCGUUCCAGCUACUUUGAGUUACAUUCCAAGAAACGUUCCACCAGGUAGCAGUCCAAAACUUCAAGCUUAUCCUUCGUGGGAUUGGCAUACCGCAGGAAGAGGAGAAAUAAAUUGUUCUCAAUUAAUAUCUGUCUAUAGAUCAAGACUUGACAGAUGUAAUAGAUUAUGGGUCAUUGAUAGUGGUGUUAUGACAUCUAUCGAUAAUUUUACACCAGUUUGUCCACCUAAAUUACUUGUCUUUGAUCUUCAUACAGAUACACUCGUCAGACAAUACGUUUUUCCACGUGAGGUUUUAAGGCCAAAUAGUUUAUUGACUAAUCUUAUUAUCGACGAUACUAAAUCAACAUCUUGCGAUGAUGUAUUUAUCUAUAUAAGUGACACAGCUGGACCAGGACUUCAAAUUUUUGAUGGUGCAAAUAAUACAAGUUGGCGAGUACUUCAUGCUUCGAUGUUUCCUAAUCCAGAUUAUACUAUUUAUCAGAUUGUCGAUGAGACCUUCGAACUUCCAGAUGGUAUUGUGGGAUUAGCUUUAUCUUCAAGGCAAGGUAUGUUGUAUUAUCAACCACUCGCCACUGAUCGUCUCUUCGGUGUACCCACGUCGGCACUUCAAGCUGGUCCACUCCCCUUCGGACAACAACUUCCAGUGUCCUUGAUAGGUAAAAAGUCUAGUCAAGGUAUUCCGUUAGUUGUGGAUCCUCUAGACGACUCGAUUCUCUUCUCACCACUAACGGAAACUGCUAUUGCCAGUUGGCAACCUCUAACAAAUAAUCAAAGAAUCGUUGUAUACAAUCCAGAAAAAUUGCAAUUUGUCGCUGAAAUGAGAUGGGUCGAACGUGACGAUGGAAGAAUCUGGAUCAUGUCCAGUAGAUUUCAUAAAUUUUUCAAUCGUAGAGCAUCCUCUCAAGAGAUUAAUAUUCGUAUUAUGAGAAUCAUUCCGGAAACUGUUUUAUCAAAAAGUCUACCAUUGUAUCAAUAUAUCAAUCCACAUUUUUCGCAAAUUUUGUAUAACAACUCGGUCGGGUUUUAGAUAGAUUUAUAAACUAAACAAUCUCUUAAAACUUGUAAAUUAUUAUUUUAAUGAUAUAUUUGACCGAGAUUCACUUCUAUUGUUUUAGUAUAAUCUUUAAAUGAAAAUAUAGAGAAUCUUAUAUAUUUUAAUUUGUUGUGAUCUUAGUAUCAGAUAGGCAGAAUGUCAUUUUAAUAAUUACUUUUUUUUCUUUUUACGUUUACAGAAUUGUAUACGAUUCAUUUGUCAAGAAAGUUGAUUGAUGUUAAUGUGAUUU